AUGCAGAAGAGACAGAGAAAGGUUACUCCUCUUGAGGCAGUUCUACAACAAGCUCAAGAUCAGGGAGAGAACACACAAGAAUUUUUUGCCUAUCCAGUGUUAGAAUGGCCAGGUGACAAUGGAGGGGUAUUCAGACAACGUGUGCCAUUUCCUUUCAAACAGCUGAAAGAGCUGAAAGAGGCCUGCAAUAAAUAUGGCCCCACUGCUCCGUUUACAUUAACCAUCUUAGAAGCUAUGACUACAGAGGCUUUGCCCACGGGAGAUUGGAAGUCCUUAGCACAUGCAUGCCUUACGGGGGGAGAUUAUCUGCUAUGGACUUCAGAAUUUUAUGAGAAUUGUCAGAGAACAGCUAGGACUAACGCUGCUCAGCAAAUACCCAUUGUUUUUGAACAGUUGGCGGGAGAGGGCCAAUAUGCUCAGGUGGAUCAACAGUUGGUCUUUCAGUUAGCAGUAUAUGCUCAAACAAAUGCGGCAGCUAGAAGAGCAUGGAAGGCUCUCCCAGAAAGUACUAGUAGAACAGAGGAGGUCUCUAAAAUCAGGCAAGGGCCUGAUGAACCAUUUCAAGAAUUUGCAGCUCGCCUAUUGAAGACAGCAGGGAGAACAUUAGGAGAAUCAGAGGCUAGUACUGCCCUAGUCACACAGUUGGCCUACGAGAAUGCCAACAGUGCCUGCCAAGCUGUCUUGAGGCCAUUUUGGAAAAAGGCCACAUUAUCAGAUUACAUUCGCUUAUGUUCAGAUAUAGGGCCAUCCUAUACCGAGGGAUUAGCUAUGGCAGCAGUGCUGCAAGGGAAGUCCAUCAAAGAAGUUAUGCUUCAGCAGACCAGAUCUUGUGGGCAUCACGGUCCUGUCAGUACAUGCUUUAAUUGUGGACAGAUGGGACAUAUAGCCAGACAAUGUCCAUGAGCCUCCAGGCCUCCAGCUAAUCAAGGAGCUGAGGCUACACUGCCACUUUGUCUUAGGUGUAAAAAAGGAAAACAUUGGGUAAAGGACUGUAGAUCAAGGUUUGAUAAAGAUGGUUGUCCCCUUCAGGGAAACUGGCAGAGGGGCUAGCCCCAGGCCCCAAACAAACAAUGCUAUGGGGCGCUGCAGGUGACCGCAGAGAAUCAGGCUUCUGGGAGUCAGGCUCUAAGCAGCAGAAAUCCGUUCAAGACCUCUUUCAAGCGACCUCAGGGAGCGCAGGACUGGACCUCAGUUCCACCGCCUACACAGUAUUAA